AUGUCUAUGUACCUCGUUGGAUCGACCCCCAAGGGCGCCAACGCGAGUCUGCUGGGCGAGUACAAGCGGACUCGGCGAGCGAAGGUCUACACCUUCACGAGCGACCCGUCCCGCUUCCUGCAUUACUCGCGGGGCCGCUGGUGGGUCGGGGCGACGCCCGGCGAAUGGUCGGGCUACCUCUACGUUGAGGACGACGCGGCUACGCCCGACAAGAUCACGGCGACGUGGAAGGUCUACGACGGCGAGUGGCUCGAUGCUCCUAAUCUUCGCUGUGUGGCGACCAGCCCGCUCGCCUCCGCCGCCGCCGAAGUCUUCAUCGUGGGCAAGACGCCCGGCGGCGUCAACUCCGGGUCGCUUGGAAAGUUCGUGCGUGGCGCAGACCUGCUCAACUCGCGCUAUGUGUACCGCAAGGUCACGGGCGGCAACGUCAGCUACCUCUUCUACGCCAUCGGCAGCUGGUGGGUUGGCGACUCCCUCCCGCGAGGCUCGUCGGCCGGGGGUUACGUCCGCGUGGAGACCGACGCUUGGCUUCCCGAGCUAGCGCCUGCGCACGGCUGGCUUGUCGCGAGCAGUCAGAGCGGCUGGCUCGCUGCUCCUGACAUCCGCUGCGUGACGAGCGCGCCGGCACCGCCCGACCCGAGGAGCGACGGCAAGUACAUUGACGCCAGCUUUCCGCCAGAGCAGAGCUCGCUGGGGUCCGCGGCGGGGUGGGAUGCGCCGACCAAGGUCGACUGCUGGCUCCGCGCGGGUGCCCUCGCCGGCACCGACUCAGACCUUUUCGACGGCAUCGGCCCGGGCGACCUGCUGCAGGGCUCUAUUGGCGACUGCUUCCUGCUUGCGUCGCUGGCGUGCGUGGCGGAGCAUCCCGAGCUGAUCGAGUCGCUUUUCCUCGAGGAGCAGGCGAGCGACACCGGCGCCUACACCCUCCGCCUGUUCUCGGCGGAGGCCGGCGAGUGGGUGAGCACCACGAUCGACGACACGAUCCCCUCCAGCUGGAACUGGGGACACCCCGAGACCCUUUUCGCGGGCAGCAACGCGACGUCGCCGGGCGCGAGCGGCGAGGAGUGGGCGAUGCUGCUCGAAAAGGCGGUCGCGAAGUACUGCGGUUCGUACGGCGCCCUGGUCGGCGGCUCCUCCGCGUGGGCGCUGCAGCUGCUCCUCGGGCCGAGCCAGCCGGUGCAGGUCUUCCAGCGGGUCGACUCGCGCGGCUUGCGGUGGGGCGCCUUUCGGCUCGAGCGCGAGCGGCUCGCUGCGAGCGGCGCGGCGCGCAGCCCGGGAAAGGUCUUCCUGAUCGGCACGCCAGGCGACGAGCGUGGCGCCGACGAUAUCUGGCGCGGGGUGGCCGGGCAGCGGACGCUCGAGGUGCGGCGGCGCGACGAGCUCGUCACUGACCACGCCUACUCGGUGCUGCGGGCGGUCGAGGCGGGCGGCUUCCGACUGCUGCAGCUCCGCAAUCCGUGGGGCAAUGAGGUGGAGUGGAGGGGCGAUUGGGGCGACGCUUCGCCGCUGUGGGGGAGGCACCCCGAGGUAGCGGACGCGGUGGGCUUCAGCGCGGCGGCGGACGGCACCUUCUGGAUAGGCUUCGAGCAGUGGGCCGACCUCUUCACAACGCUCAGCAUCUGCUCGACCGCGGAGGCCUUCGCCAAGGCGCGGAAGGAGGGGAGCUUCGCCGCCACGCGCGCUGCCCGAGACUCGCCGCAAGCAGCGAGCCGCGGCGUGAACUUCCUGGGUCGCCCGGCGAGGGCGCGGAUGCACAUCUCUGUGGUGGAGGCAGCGAAGCUCACGCCGUGCCCGGCGCCGGACGUGCCGGACGAGGCCCCGCAAGUCGAGGGCGCGGGCGGCUGCAGCUGCCUUGUGCAGUAA